ACCUUCGGAAGUGGUUGAGAAUGGAGCAGAUGCACAGGACCCAGAUCCAGAAGCUGUGGCCACUGAGCCCACGCCUGAGGCCACAAAGGAUUUACGUCAGCGCGUGGAGGGACUUGAAAAGCUCGUCUUGGAUCUGCAGGCUUCGCUGAAAGCCAAGGACCGUGCCUUGCAAGACUGGGAGGAGAGAUCGAAGGUCAAAGAGUUGGAAAGCGAUCAAAAGGAGGAUGUAAAGUCAGACCCUGCCUCCAUUACACAAGAGUUGGUAACUUUGCGACGUCGUGACAUGACGCAGAAGGAGCUUUUGGGUCGGCUUCAAAGCAAAUUGGAGGUGCAAAGUCGCAAGGCAGCGGAAUGCGAAGCUGCUCUGGAAGAAGCAAACACCAUGGAAAAACGAGACAAGGACUCAGCCAUAG